AUGGCCCCUUAUGAAACUCUUUACGGGAGGAAGUGUCGAUCUCCCUUAUUUUGGGAUGAAGUUGGCGAAGGGAAUCUAGUUGGACUGGAUAUUGUUCAGGAGAUGAAGAAUCAGGUUCAAAUUAUAAGAGACAAGAUGGCAGCUGCGCAGAGUCGUCAGAAGAGCUAUUCGGACAUGAGGAGAAGAGAUUUAUUAUUUGAGGAUGGUGAUUGUGUUUACCUCAAAGUUUCUCCAAUGAAAGGUGUUAAGCGUUUUGGUAAGAAAGGGAAACUUAGUCCGAGAUAUGUUGGCCCUUUUCAGAUUCUGGAGAAGGUUGGAUCAGUUGCUUAUCGUAUUGCUCUGCCAGAACAUUUUGGUGAAAUUCAUGAUGUUUUCCACGUGUCGUCUUUAAAGAAUAGCUUUGGUCAGCAGGAGCCACGUUUCGUUAAUCCAGAGAGCAUUCAACUCCGGUCUGAUCUCACUUAUGAAGUUGUCCCAACUCAGAUCCUUGACAGGAAGGAGCAACAAUUAAGAUCCAAGUCGAUACCUCUAGUUAUGGUAUCUUAG